UUGAAUUCUCAUGCAGCCUUAGAUGCUUAUUAUCUGUCUCUGACAUGGAUAUUGGGUUGAAAAGGCAGCAAGUCAGUUUGUGGCUGGAACAAUUGUAUGGUGAUGAAGUUGUACCUGAGUUUGAGCUGAAUGCUGACACAAUCUCCCACCUGUACCAACUCUCUACUCUAUGUAAAAAAAAUGACAAAAAUGUACAGUUACUUAUUGAUGACUUACAACAAAAAUGUGAAGAAUACAAUGCUGAAGCUCAGCGUUUAGCUGCUGUUCUGGGUCGUCUAAGCCUUGGACAAGAACAAUUUUCACAGUCUGGCUCCAGCAGUCUUUUGACUCUUGCAAAGCUCGGUGGAUCUCUUCAUGUAAAAGAUGCCUCAGAAACCAGCUAUUUCUUGGCAUUACAAGAACUGGAUGCUGAACUGGACCGUGUGGAAGAACAGCGGAGGGAGGAGGCAAAGCGUCUUAAGCAACUUACUGAGAAAUCACACACUGCCAUGGUCAAAGUCAACUCUCUGUGCAA